AAUUACUAUUGGUUCCUUCUUGGCUUCGUACUACAUAUACAAGACGGCCCGGGAUUGAAUACUAUCAGAUGACGUAAUUGCCAGAGACUGCUCUGUACUUCUAGCCCGAGUAAGAAGAACUGCUCCUUAGGUCGUUAAUUUAAGUCUCCUAAGAACAGAAGUCGCAGAUAUGGCCAGCUCGGAAGUGCUUCACCCCAAAGCCGUGGCAGUAAUAACGGGUGCUGCCUCAGGUAUCGGUUUGGCUGCUGCCCUUCGUUAUGCCAAAGAAGGAGCGUCAAUUGUUCUUGUAGAUAUUGAUCCAGCCGCUCUUGACCCGGCGGUGGAAAAGGUAAAGAGCGUAGAAGGUGUUGGCACCGUGUUUGGUGUAAGAGUUGACGUGGGAAACGUUAAAGAAGUGGCCAGCCUGCGGGAUCGGGUUUUGGAGGAGUUUGGCGAGGUCCACAUUCUUAUGGCCAACGCUGGGACUUCUACUAAGGCUCCUACAUUCUCUUUGGGCACACCCUUGGAGGAGCUUCAAUCGCACUGGAACAAAGUUCUCAAUACCAACUUCUUCGGUGUUUUAAACACCGCUCAGGCUUUCGCUCCGUUUAUGGUAAAGCAAGAAAAUUCAAGUGUUAUCAUUAUCACUGGGAGCAAACAGGGCAUCACUUGUCCUCCUGGCAACGCGGGCUACAACGUUUCCAAAGCGGCUGUCAAGACCUAUGCCGAACAGCUCUCUCAUGAGUUGCGCUCAGAUCCCGAUAGUCGCUGCACUGCCCAUCUCUUCAUCCCUGGCUGGGUCUUCACUAGUCUUACGGGCGCCAACAACAUCGGGGCCACGAAACCACCUGGCGCUUGGACACCAGAGCAAACCGUAGACUACAUGGUUGAUAAAGUGUUUGGAGAGGGAGAUUUCUAUGUUAUUUGCCCUGAUAACGAAACCCCUACUUCUUUGGACAAGGCAAGAAUCCAGUGGAGCAUGGACGAUGUCAUUCAGAACCGACCUGCUCUAUCUAGGUGGCAUCCUAGCUAUAAGGCUCGCUUCGAAGAUUUUAUUCAAUCGAAACAGGGUCUGGCGGCUCGAAGCCGCAGCCGUGGUCGGCCUGCACAACGCGAUGGCUCUCAGGUACCAUCAGUGGUAUCUAUCCCUUCUGAGACUGACUUGUUGGCUUUCCGCCGUAAUUGAGUCAACUACUGCUCAGAUUAUCAUGACAUAUCGUUUGGGGAGCCUCUAGUCAGACAUGCAUAGGAUUAUGUAGGCCGUUGUU